AUGGAGCCCCGCCGCCUCCUAGAUUCAGCCCUUGUCACAAUUCAGGCGAUAUUAUCCCAAUAUGAGAAUGAGAUGGAAGAGUUGGCCAACCCGCCACUUGAGUCCAGAGAGGUGCAACAGUACCUAUCUCUCACGCAAACUGCCCUCCACUACGCUCGUGAUCAUCAAGCCUGGGAUGAAUCGUCUCAAGCAGCCGUCUGCUCCUUAAUUACCAGUAUCGAGAAAAGGGCGAAGAUGCUACAGGGGAUAUUCAGCCAAGUUGCGGAAGAUGCAGGGCAGCAUACAAGUGACAGAUCAGUCUCGGACAGCUAUCACUUCACUCUAUCAAAGCUGGGUAAAUCCUACUCUGUGGAAGCUCUUAUGCUCGGCAUCUUGAAGGAUUUGGAUGCAUUAUUUGCCAACCAGUUACUUGUACCGGCAAGUAGUAACUUGGCAGCAGAGCUCAAGGAUGCCAUUGAUGUGAUGUCCAAGGUGGCAUCCUCUCUUAAAGAUGGGGAUACCAGGAGCUCUGGAACAAGUUUUACUCAGCAUAUUGCUUCCGGCGGAACAGGUCAUCAAUCUCACUAUAGUGGUCAGGGGCAACAUAUCAACACUGGCAGUGGGGCUAUGAACAAUUAUCACGCAACGUCAAUGAACUUUGGUAGGAAAUAG